AUGUCUGCUGAAGUGCCGGUCGCGAUCAUCGGUAUCGGUGGCAAGUUUCCCGGAGGGUCGGAUACUCCAGCUAUGUUCUACGAAUUCCUUCGCAAUAAGCUUUCCAUAGGUGGUAAGGAUGAGCCCGGAAAGUAUCAUUGCACGAAAGGUGGUUUCAUCAAUGGCAUCGACCAAUUUGAUGCUCUAGAAUUUGGUAUCUCUGCGAAGGAAGCUCAGCAUCUCGACCCAGCUAUUCGUUUGACACUGGAGGCCGCUCACGAUGCCCUACAGGACUCGGGGAUCGAUUAUCGAGGGUCAAAGACUGGUGUAUUCUUUGGCAAUCUACUGACGACUACUGACGAACUUGACGACGAUCGUUAUGAAAUGAACAACUACAAUGGUGUUGGAAAAUGUGUUUCCAUUCGAGCAAACCGUAUUUCUUUCACAUUCGACUUGCGAGGACCAUCUUUGACGGUUGACACCGCAUGCUCUGCAUCUGCUACCGCCAUGCAUCUCGCCUUAAGUGCCGUCAAGCUCGGAGACUGUGACCAAGCUCUAGUUGUCGGUGCCAACACUAUGAUAAGCCCCGAACAUACCGUAUCUUUCUCGAAACUAGGUGUCCUGUCACCUACCGGCUCUUCCAAAUCUUUUGAUGCGGAUGCUGACGGUUACGCAAGAGCUGAAGCUGUUGCUGCUGUCCUUAUCAAACGUUUAGAUCAUGUGAAACGUGACGGAGACUCAGCUUAUGCUGUUCUCACUGGCAGUGCUAUCAAUGCCAAUGGUAAGGGAAAGAGUUUGACGAUGCCGGAAGGAGCCAUGCAAGCAGAGACCAUCAAAGGUGCCUACGCAACUGCUAAGCGCAAUCCAGCCGAGGCAUUCUACGUAGAACUGCAUGCCACGGGGACGAAAGUCGGUGACCCUAUUGAGACCAAUGGUGCCGGUACCGUGUUCUCGAAGGAACGUUCCGAUAGCAAUCUUUUGAGAGUCGGAAGUAUCAAGAGUAAUAUUGGACAUGCUGAGGGCUGCAGUUUCCUGGCCAGUCUGGUGAAGGUUUCGUUAAUGUUGCACCACAAGGAGAUUAUCCCCAACAUCCGUUUCAACAAGGCAAAUCCGAAGAUUGACUUCGUCUCUGGCAAGAUGAAGGUGCAAACAGAGCUUGAGAAGAUUACCCCAGCGAUGGCAGCUAAGGAUGGUAAAUGGGUCACUUCCAUAUCGUCUUAUGGUGUUGGAGGUUCCAACGCACAUAUCGUGCUCGAAUCGUUUGAUAGUGUGCAGGAUCAUGUGCAAGCGACGACAGCGACGAUAGCUACUGUCCCGAAGCCUCUCUAUCUAUUUUCAAUUGGUACACUCACAGAGACAUCGCUCGCUCGCUGGAAGGAAACACUUACCACUUCUUUUGGCGACGUUACUGACGACAAGACUCUGCGCUCCCUCUCACGCGACUUGGGCCGUCAAACUCGUGCUUACCCUGCGCGUGCCUUUGCUGUCGCCCCAUCACUCAACGCUGACGCCAAAUUCUCCAAGCCUGUGUUGACCAACAGCAACUCGAGUCCCAAGCUCUGCCUCGUUUUCUCUGGACAGGGUCCUCAGCAUAUAUUCAUGGGUCGCCAACUCGCCGAGAGCUAUCCAGCUUUCUUGGAGGCUGUUCAGCUGAACGAUAGUAUCCUUGUGAACAAGUAUAAGCAGGAGUCCAUGCUUGAGCGCACUGGACUUUUCAUUCCAGGUGUAGAGGCAAAACUUGCUGCGAAUGGUGUGUGGCCGGUGCGAGAAGUUGUUCUCUCCCUCGUCUUCGUCCAAAUGGCACUCGUCGACUUGAUUAGGAGCCUUGGAAUCGAAUACGAGUUCGUUGUGGGUCACAGUAUUGGUGAAAUUGCUAUGGGCUACGCAUCUGGCCAUUACAAUCGCGAGAUGGCGAUUGGUAUCGCUGUUGCUCGUUCAGCUGCCAUGACCAAGGCUGAAGGUAACGGUGCCAUGGUUGCCCUUGGUGUGGGCGUGCAGAAAGCAAAGACCAUGAUGCGCAAGGUCCUUUCCAAGGCAAAGGCAACUAGUGGUCUAUGGAUUGCCGGCAUCAACUCUCCUCAGGCUGUUACGGUCGCAGGUACUCACGAGCUCAUUGACGCAAUGGUUGAGCUUGCCAACGAUCCGGACGCGAAAGUCUUUGCAGCCAAAUUGCGUGUUGGAUGCGCGUUCCACACCCCCCUUAUGGAGCCUCAGGAGGAGCUGUUCAAGUCCCUGAUGCAGGAACCUCUAGGACAAGGCACCAAGAAACCCAUCGCGCGAGUGUUGUCCACCACUGACGGCAAGUGGUUGGACCGUGAUCUCGACAUCAACUACUGUUGGGAUAACAUUCGUCGUCCUGUACUUUUCGGUACUGCUAUGAACAAGAUCAUCAACGAUCACGGAGCCGAGGGUCUCUUGUUCCUUGAGAUUGCACCCCACCCUGUUUUGAAAGCCUAUAUUGAGCAAUGUGGUGGAGAGCCCGUUAGCUUGAUUCGUCGCCCCAACCCCAAGGUCCCAGCGCAGAACACUGGCGAGCACUACCAGUUUUUAGAGGGUGUCGGCAAUUUGCUUGCUUCUGGCUUCAAGAGAGUCGACUUUGAUAAACUCUGCGCUUCCCCCGAUGGCCAGAAUGACUUUGUUAAGCCCAAGCUUCCGAACUAUCCUUACAACAAGUCUUACUGCUGGGCUGAGUCUGCUGGCGAACGCUCUCGCCGACUACGCGAGAAGCCUCGACCCAUCGCCACCCCCCACUUCCGCAUCAACGUCGACAGUCAUCCUGAUCUGACUGGUCACAUCGUAUUUGACGCCGUUUUGUUCCCCGCCUCUGGAUAUGUGGAGAGUAUUUUGGAGAACGGAGCCAUGGUUGCUUCUGAUGUCGCGAUCCACAAGCCACUCGUCCUCAAUGGCUCAGGUAGUUUCCCGGGACAUGCCGGAUGUGUCAUCGAUGGUGACAAAUGGCAGUUCCGUGCCUCUACUAACGGCGAGUUCGACAAUGGCGAGAUCAUCCUCGACGCUGUCUAUGCUAGUGGCACUUUCUCUCGCGUCAAUCCCGCUUAUGACGAAAAUGCACCCCUUAUGUUCGACGUUCAGUCCAAGCUUGCGCUUUCCCAAGGUUCUGUCACUGGAAACGAGUUCUAUGAAGCCAUCCCGUCUGCAUACCGCUACCAAGACCACUUCAGGAACUAUUUGAAGGUUGUGCACGAAGUUGCGGAUGAGAGCAGUUGGGGCGGCAAGGCCUACUUAACACGACUUGAAGUGCCUGAAGGCACACCAGAUGUAUUUGGCAGCGGAUAUGUUAUCCAUCCAGGUAUUCUCGACAGCAUCACGCAGUGUGGUCUUGCUAUGUUCAUCAACAUGGAUACCAAACUCUUCGAUUUCAAUGGCGUUUUCCUACCUGUGAAGAUCGAUGCAUUGCGCAGAUGGGACAGUCGUGAUGCGCCUGACCUAGACUCGGAGAUUAGGAAGGGUAUCUGGACUUACUUCACUGGGCGAACUUGGGCUCCUGGUGGACCAUUCAAAUCUGAUUAUGUUAUCACCAAUUCGGAAGGUCGCGUCUUGUUUACGAUCGAGGGCUUCGAGAUUGCUCGUGCGCCAGAUGCUGAACCUAUCCCCAUCACCGAUAGCAGCGUCGAAGAGCGUCUGACAACUACUUGGCAGUCGCAGAAUUUCCCUUCGACGUCACUUUCUCUUCCUUCUGGGAGCUCUUUACGCUCAACCUUCGACACUUUGGUCAAGAAUGCUGCUGUUGCUGGCCGUAAGGUGGUGAGAGUGUUGGACUUGGACCCCACACCUGCCAUGGCGAAGGGCCUCGAUGCUUCGUUGGCAUCUCUUUUUGAGGAUUCUGACUUGCUGGUCGAAUACUUCUGUGGUGCUGCAUCCCCAGAAGAAGCUGAUGCUAAGACAUCCGAGCUGAAAUAUACGCAUGCGCGGUCCAUGGUGGUGGAUUCUUGGACAUUGAAAGAUGAUGCAGCUGUUUCUACAUUUGCUAGCUUCGAUAUUGUGCUGCAUUCCGUGGAUCUUUCAGCAGUUCCUGUCGAUAUCACGCAAUUGACGAACUUCCUGGUGCCUUCAGGAAUCGUCCUCUUUUUGGUUUCUGAUUCGCAGUCAGUUUCUGAAGACCCAAGUUCUCAACGGAUGACCCUCCCCUCACUGGCGGCGCAGCUUCGUUCACUCUUUGGUGUUGAUGCAGAAGUAUCCCAGCUAACUGAUGGAAAUGCCCUCAUCGUGGUCCGUAUAUUUGGGGCCACUCUCUCGGUCCCAGCAGGUCCUUUCAGGAGUGUCAUCAUCCAUCCAUUUGUACACGGCCAAGAGGGAGAACUUGUUGAAAUUGCUAAGAAUGUUGGUGCCGACUCCGAAGUGUGGAUUACUGGAAACGACGAUGCAGCAGGUAUUGGAGCUUUGGGCAUCGCGUCUUGUUUGAUCGCCGAAUCUCCGGAGUUCAUCGUUCGUUCGGUGUUGUUUGAAGACCACUCGCUGAGCGACGCGGCAAGGGAGAAGAUCAUCCACGACUUGCGUCGCAAUUCUCUUUUGCUUGAGCAGCACUUGAAGAUAUCUCGUAAUGGUGAUGUGUUUGUGCGCAGGCUCGUGAAUGGUUCGGUGGCGGUCAAGGAUACGAUUAUUCCUGCAAGUGGAUUGUCAACUCAUGCAGGUGCCACAACCACCGUUGCUGCGCACUUCCCUCCUAGUCUCGGAGAGACUCAAGUCGAAGUUCAAGUCGAAGUUCUCGGAGCAGAAAGUCUAUCAAUCGAAAAACCACUCCUCACAUUCGUGGGCUCUAUCAAAACCGUGGGUUCGUCCGUCAAGAGUCUCGACAUUAACACGAAGGUUAUUGGAGUUGCUCGGCAUACUCCUGUCGAUGUUAUUGUUGCAGAUGAAGACGCCAUAGUUCAACUUCCAGUUGGCGUUGCGGUCAACGAUGCAGCUGCUUUACCAUCUACAUUCCUCGGUUCUUGGAUGGGUCUCAUCCAACUUGCCCGGAUUUCACAGUCUUCUGCUGUAUUGAUCCAUGAUGCUGCCUCCAGUGCUGGCUAUAGUGCUGUGCAGCUGUGCCAACGAUUCGGCGGGAAGAUGCUGUGCACUGUUUCUUCAACAGCAGAAGCGCAAUAUCUGUCUUCGGAGUUGAACUUGUCAAAGGAUUCUAUCAUCAUUAUCGACGACUUCUCUGCAGCUCCUUCUAAAUGGCUGCAUAACCACGAGGUCUCAGCCUUUGAUGUCAUCUUUAACUCGCAUGGAAAGCCUGCAUUUGGGAAGGGAGUUGAAUACUUAUCACCGUUUGGUUGCUAUAUCCAUGUUCAAGCGAAUGAUCAAGACACCGUGAAGCUGCCGCUUGGCGCACCAUCCACGCACAUUCUUCAGGUCAACAAGCUUGCUGAAGCUUCCCCCCGUAAAAUCGCUCCUUUGGUGACUGCUAUUCUCGCUGUCCAUGCGUCUCAGCCCUUCAAAAUACGCUCGCAGUCUGUCACUAUGGAUAAUGCACGCGAGGCUGAAACGGGGGGAAACCUUGGUUCUUUAGUGAUGGCUGUCGAGAAACCACGGUCAGUUCGUAUCGAUCCUACUGGCCAGCUUUUCGAUCCACGCAAGAGUUAUAUCUUGGUUGGUGGUUGUAGCGAGCUUGGUGUCCGUAUCACAGAAUGGAUGGCAAUUCAUGGAGCUCGCCAUAUCUUCCUUUCAAGUCGCCGAGGUCUAGGAGGUCUCACGAAAGUAGACAAUCUCUAUAUCCACUACCUUCGCCAGACCGGUGUUCAGGUCGAAGUUAUCGCAUCUGACGCUGUAAACAAAGAGCACACUGCAGCGUUGAUUGAGACUGCAAAGAAGGCAGGUCCAAUUGGUGGUAUUUUCCUCAUGACGGUCGUCCUUCGUGAUGCCAAGUUCACGAAUUUGACGCAACAAUCUUUCGAUGACGUUUAUCGAUCCAAGGUGGAUGCCCUUAAUACUCUCCUUAGCUGUGUCGACUCAGCUUCUCUGGACUUCCUUCUCCUUUUCUCCACGAUUGGGUCUGUCUUCGGAAAUGCAGGACAAGCAGCAUACUGCGCCUCACAGCUCUAUCUUGAUCGUAUCGCUGACGUGAUCCCUAACACGAUUUCUAUGUCGUUCCCUCCUAUCACAGACUCAGGUAUCUUCAAACGGCUCGUCCUUGCUACGAAAGGUCGCGCAAACACAGCUGCGUUAACGAGGACCGGCAUGACCACCGCCCAAGUCUGCAACUUCAUUGGUGAUUCUUUGAUUCGGCGCAUUGCACACUACGUUCCAAUGUUGGCGAUCGGGGAUGUUCCAGACACAUUCUCUACCUGCGAACCUCUCCUGUAUGGGCAUCUAUUACCAAAUAAGUUCCUUGUAUCGAACGCUGCAGGAGGCAAGGAUGGAGAUGUCGCGGAGUCUCCUGCAACAUUACUUGCUACACUCUUGAGCAUGGAGGCGGACCAAAUCACGGACAAUGCUCUAAUCACCAGCUUUGGCUUGGAUUCGCUAGGAGCCACUCGUUACAGCAAUCAGCUUAAAACUCGCUUUAAUAUCCAAGUCAGCCAGAUUGAAUUGCUGGGUUCUAUGACUAUCGGAGCAUUGAAUGAGAUGGUUGCUAAAGUAGGUGUACAAGCAAGCGGAGAUGAUGCAGGGUUUGCUCUCGAUGACGGUUCUUCCAAAUAUGGUGAACCUCUGGUACCAAUUCUGAAUGACCGCCUUGCCUAUGAUGAACCUUACACUACCGAUGCUUCUCCUCAUCAAUACCGAAUCUGGCUUGCUCAGCGCGAAUAUGAUAACGCUCGCAAGCGGUCGGUCAGCAAAAUCGACUCGAACAUGUCACGCUACGGUGCAACUCAAUGGGAUACUCACGAAGGCUAUUUCGUUACGAUAUACUCCGAAACAUCAAUUGACGUUGAUCGUAUGACCGAAGCAUUCCAGGAGGUCGUGCAGCGGCACGGUGCUCUGCGAACUGCUUUCACCUGGAAUGAAGAGCUUGGAAAGUUGGAGCAGACUAUUUACCCAUCGGUCGACUUCCAGGCGUCGCUCAUCGACCUAUCUAAUGAGUCAGACGCUACUGCUAAAGCCUACGAGAUGAGCUUAGCCAUGAACAACGAACCCAAUUUCAAACUCGAUAAACUACCUCUCUUAACUGCCACGAUGUUCGACCUUGGUGGCGGUGACUGGGCAUUCAAUGUCGUCAUUCACCAUAUUAUCAUUGAUGAAGCUUCUUUGGGCGUUUUCUUCUACGAGUUGUUUGGUUUGUACUUGAAUGGCCCCGGAAGCCUUCCAGAUGUCAGCAUCCACUACUCUGACUUCAGUGACUGGCUCGGCAAGACAUCUGAACGUCGUGCAGAGUUACGAGACGAGCAGCUCAAAUUCUGGGCCAACAAUCUGCAAGAUAUUCAACCUCUGCACCUCACACUCGCUACACCCUCUGACAAGGAGUUGGCUCCCAUUACUCAGAUUGAAGCUAAGGUCGGCAUAGGCGCUCUCGAGCAGUACCACAAGGUUAUCAAUGAAACGAGUGCAACACCCUUCGCCGGUUUCUUCGCAGCGUACAACAUCCUGCUCCACAAAUACUCUGCUCAGUCUUCCUUCGUAGUGGGUACUGCUGUCACUCAAAGGAACCUCGCUAUGUUGUCCAACGUAAUUGGCUUCUUCGCCAAUAUGCUUCCUAUCAAGACCGACAUAGAUGAAGAUCAGACGUUCUCGGAAUACCUGGUCAAAUUCAAGGACUCUUUGAUCGCGUGUCUCUCUAAUGGUGAGGUGACAUAUGAGGACAUUGUUGGCCAGGGCAAAGCUUCUGCUCAUGGGCGUGGCUACUUCAAGCACCUCUUCGCACCGGGUGGAAUGAAUAUGGAAACGAUCUCUCAACUUGAGAUGAACCAUCUAAAGCCCAGAGCCACUUUGCCUCUUCCCAACGGCGAAGAGCAAUACGAGUUCUUGCUCACUGUACAUGCUAAAGCCGGCCACGUUGUGCUUCGCUUCGAUAACCACUUGUACUCAGAGGAUGCUGCACGUCAAUUCUUGGAUGCCUACAUUGCUCUAAUCGAAACCCUGGGCCGUGAUGCGCACGUGAAGAUCCGCGACAUAUCUGCUGUUAGUGAACGCGAACACGAACGACUAGUCAAGGAGCUUUCAUCUGCAAAUGAAUCAUCCGUGCGGGAGACCACUGUUCAUCAACUCGUGGAGGAACAGGCUCAGCGUACUCCACGUUUCACUGCAGUAGAGUUUGAGGGUGAAUCAUUGACAUACGCAGAGUUGAAUACCAAGGCCAAUCGCAUUGCCAAAUCGCUUAUUCAACAGGGUGUCAAUAAUGGGGAUAUCGUUGCAUUAUGCUUCGACCGUGGUAUUCACCAAAUCUUGGCCAUCUUGGCAGUUCUGAAGGCAGGCGGUACCUUUGUUCCUCUGGAUCCUGAUGACCCCACUUUACGCAAGGAGCUCAUGAUCGCGGAAUGUAAAGCGAAGGUUCUGUUGACUACCUCAAAUCACUCUCGUGUAUUCGAGAAGAGUCUCGCUUCAAAAGUUUUGAUUGCUUAUAUCGACGAUCCGAGCUACGAGAAGCGCCUCAGUCGCUUCGAUGGAGGAAACUUCGUUGUCGAUGGGCUGACGCCUUCGAGUCUUGCUUAUAUUAUGUUCACGAGUGGCAGUACGGGCAAACCAAAAGGUGUCAUGAUCGAACAUAGAUCAAUUUCGAACUUGGUACAACAUUCAAGCGUCUAUGGCUUCCAACAGGGCGUUCGCGUGAUGUCUUCCCUUGCCUACACCUUUGAUCCGUUUGUUGUCGAUGUUUUUGGUACACUUGCACAUGGUGCUACGCUAGUCACCGGACGCAAGGAGCUCGUGCUUGGUGACAUUCCUAAGGCUAUCAAGUCUCUGCGUAUCAGCGUGCUUCAUGUAACGCCCAGUAUCCUGGCUGUCGUCCCCGUGGAAGAAUAUUCUACCCUCGAAACUAUCGUAGUUGCAGGAGAGGCGUUGGGCAAGAAGCUGGUCGAAGAUUGGUCGAACAUGGUCACCUUGAGGAAUAUGUAUGGCCCAACUGAAGCUUCAGUCGACUGUAUUUCUUGCCACGUCACAUCUUCAUCCCUCACUGGAGUUAUCGGUCGCCCUCUUCCCAACAACCGCAUUUACAUCCUCGAUAAGCAGCUUCGACCUACCCCCAUUGGUGUGGAAGGUGAACUUUACAUCGGCGGUAUUCAACUGGCUCGUGGCUAUCUGAACCAGCCAGAGCUUACAGCUAGUAGUUUCAUCCAAAAUCCUUUUGUGAAUGGAGAUCGUCUGUACAAGUCCGGUGACAUUGCUCUUUACCGCUCUGACGGCAACAUCGAAUACUGUGGUCGCGAGGAUCGCCAGAUCAAGCUUAGAGGACAACGUAUUGAGCUCGGAGAAAUUGAAGAUGUCAUCCACAAGUACCCCGGUGUACAAAGAGGCGCUGUCGUCAUCCGAAGCGUACAGGAUGCUCCUGCCAUAGUAGCAUUCGUCGAAUUCAAGCAAGAGGCACAAGAGAAUUUGGAGGACGAGAAGGAAGGAUUGAAACUCUUCGUCUCUGAGAGACUACCUCGAUUCAUGUAUCCUUCUCUCAUCGCUGCCCUCCCUCAACUUCCUGCAUCUCGUAGUGGCAAGAUCGAUCGUAAUGCACUCAAGCAAAUGGAUCUCAAAGCAUUCGCUCCAGAUCUUUCCAGCGAGAUGGGCCUGCCGCAAUCUGAUGUCGAGGUCGAGCUUAUGUCCAUAUUCUGCAAGACAUUGAAAGUAGACACUGGAAGCUUCGGUGUCACUCACGAUUUAUUUGCUGUUGGUUUGAACUCGUUAAUGGCUGUACAGGCGGCUGGUGUAGUUUCGAAGACUUUCAAUGUCCACAUUGGUCUUAACAAUAUCUAUUUGAGACCGACGAUUCGAGAACUUGCUACGCUUGUGAUCGAUGCGAUGGGUCAAGACAGUCGUGCAAUUAUGGAGGCUGAAGACGCUGAUGCGGACUUCCUCAUUGAAUUCCUGCCUAUCAAGAAGAAGGGUAUUCAACCACGUGUCUUUAUCGUUCACGAUAUCACUGGUAUGGCCACACCGUUCAUGCGCCUGGGUGCAUUCAUGCCAAACGAAAUGUACGCUAUCGGAGAUCGCCAUUUCGGAUCCUCAGACGGUUUCGGGAGUGUUGAAUCUAUGGCAGACCACUACAUUACGCUCAUCAAGAGUGUGCAGACUGAAGGACCCUAUAUCAUUUCCGGGUACUCUUACGGUGGAGCUGUCGCACUGUGCAUGGCCACAAAGAUGAUGAAGGCCGGCGAUGAAGUUGCCCAUCUUAUUCUCUUUGACCCCAUUUUUAUCCCGGCUUCUGAGCGUCAGAGCUUGAAGUCGACUGAUUGGACGCAACGCUCCAUUGAUCGUAUUUCUUCCAACUUCCCUGACAUCGGUGAGAAGUGGAAGAACAAGCUGCGCACUGAAAUCCGGAAGAACUUGGACUCCAUGUUCGACUACGAACCUGAACACUAUAGUGGAGCCACUACACUUGUCGUACCAAAAGAUCGAUCAUGGUACCGCAGUGGUCACGCAAGUGACUUCGAUACCGGUACUGAUGACCACAACGGAUGGGACUAUCGCAUUAAGAAUUUGGACAUGAAGGUCGCCGCAGGUUCGCAUGACACGAUGUUCACUCCUGCGCACGUGAAAGUGCUUGCUGGUGUAGUGAAAGAUAUUCUGGCUGCGGUUCCUGGUCUUCCUGCAGCACCACCACCCACAACGAAAACGAAGAAGGUUCCAUCUACUAAACCCGCAUCUUCAUAAAUGUUACGCUGCUAUUCACAUAGAAUAACCACUAUCCGUUUCUCAUUAACUUAUUCUGGGGCCAAAAAAAGGCUGUAAGGCUGUAAAAUAAAGCAAUAAUUAUAUGUAUUCAUUACACGUUGGCACUGUUACACCUACUUGCAUAAUAUAAAUUCUUUUAUCUGUCU